UGUGACAUUACUCUCAGCCUCCUGAGGAAACCGGUUUUUCUUGAGGUGUGACCAGAGUUAAUAAAACGAUUGAAUCAGAAGCUAAGCCUUCAGACCAGCUGGCAUCAUGAAGCUUCUAGUGUGCAUGUUUCUCCUCGUGCUGCUGUGUAGCACCCCCGUUCAUUCUCUGCAGUGCUACACAUGUGAAAACGGGGAUUGUAAAACCCCCACAGUUUGUCCUGAGCACACCAACUUCUGCAAAACUGUUUCAACACCCGAUGUAUUCACUCGGACCUGUGAGGAGUUCUGCGUGCCCGGAGUGGACACCUUCUGCUGUCAGGAAGAUCUGUGCGGCUGACGAGCGGCUCAUCAUAACCAUGUAGCUUUAAAAAAAAAUAAAUAAAAAAUACGAAUCUCAGAGUAAAAAUCAAUAUACUCAUAAUUACUGACCUAAGUGAUUUAAAUGCAUAAAUAAAGAUCUAACAACCUUA